AUGUACGACGCAGUAGUCACUGCUGCAGAUGCACUCAAAAAGUUCAAAAUCAACUAUCCCGACUGCUUGCUCAGAAUUGUUGCCCUUACUGAUGGAGAAGAUACUGGAUCGAAAUACUCAGUCGAAGAGACCACUCGCAUACUCGUCGAGAAUAAGAUUGUCAUUGAUUCAUUUGCAGUUGGAGCCAACUGCGAGGGACUAAAGACAAUCUCGAUUGCUUCAGGUGGAAAAUGCUAUCUUACACGCAACUUGGAAGAAAGCUUGAAGCUGUUCGAGCAAGAAACUGUGCUUAGCGUCCGUGCUCGCAAGGCUGAUGAAAGCAUUGAUAAACUUUCUAUUGAGCAGCGCAUCAUCAAGGCUAAGCUGUUGCCCUUCGACCUUCCUAAUACUGUUCACGAAUUCAAAGUCCCUGAAGCUCAGGGCGGAGGUAUUUCGGCGAAGGAUAUGGUUAAAAAGUUCCAAAACGAGGGAGAGGCUAAGAAGCUGUCGGGCAACAACAGUCUGAAGCGCAUCGCUAAGGAAAUUCAAAAUUACAGCGAUAAUCCCCACCCGUUCGUGGCUAUCUUCCCAUGUGCUAACAUUAAUCUAUGGAAGAUUUUGCUCCUUGGUCCCAAGGAAACUCCCUAUGAGAAUGGUCUCUUCUUGCUCUAUGCUCAAUUCCCAGGAGACUAUCCAUUCAAGGCGCCAGAGGUGCGUUUUAUUACUCCGAUCUACCACUGCAACAUGAAUUCGCAAGGACGUAUCUGCCACUCAGUCUUUGACCGAAACUAUUCCCCUGCUCUCACUUUCCGCCAGAUCAUCGACUGUGUCUACGGCCUCAUCCUCACCCCAGAGCCUGAAGACCCACUUGAUAACGUCAUUGCUAGUUUCUACUUGAGUGACUACAACACAUAUCUCAAAAACGCAAAGGAGUUUACAAAGGCCAAGGCUUCCCUCGCCACCGAGGCGAUCGUUGAUGAGUUGUUUGGCAAGAUAGUCGACGACUCUGAACGCAAGCAAAAGGAGAAGGAAAUUGAAGAAUGGGUCACAUUAGCCAAGAGCUUCAACUGA